AGUAUGACCGGCGCUCACACGUGGACUUUGUUAUGAUUAAAAUGGGAUUAAGAUUAAUAUUUAUUCUGCGGAUUUUAGUACAGGUUUGGAGCAGAGGAGGACAGUAUGAGCUGCAGUUACAACUGACUGCGAGGAGAAGCAGAGUUUAAAAUCUUAAACAGUUCGUAUAUCAAAACCCAGGCCGAUCAGGAGACCAGCAUGACCAGCAAGCCUCUGAUACUGGACGGGGGUUUGGCUACAGAACUGGAGGAAAGAGGAUUUUAUCUACAGGAGGAUCCGUUAUGGAGCGCUAAAGUCCUCUACACAGACCCACAGGCCAUUAAAGAUGUGCAUUACAGGUUUCUUCAGAGUGGAUCUGAUGUCAUCACCACAGCUACGUACCAGGCCACUCUGGAGGGAUUUUUCAAACACCUGAAGCUGAAACCUGAACAGGCUGAGGAGUUACUAAUAUCCGGAGUUCAGAUCGCUAAAGACACUGCAGCGCUCUUUACCACUAACUGUACAGCAGCAGACAGAGCAGUGCCACUGGUGGCUGGUUCUGUGGGUCCAUACGGGGCGUUUUUGAACGAUGGGUCAGAGUACACUGGAAACUAUCAGAGCCAGAUGAGUGUGGAGGAGCUGAAGGACUGGCACCGCCCACAGGUCCGCUGCUUAGUGGCAGCAGAAGCCGACCUCAUUGCCUUGGAGACCAUACCCUGCCUUAAAGAGGUGGAAGCUUUAGUGGGGCUGCUGAGGGAGUUUCCUAAUACUAAAGCCUGGAUGUCCUUCUCCUGCAAGGACACUCAGUGUAUUUCAGGUGGGAAUAAGUUCUCCCAGGCUGUUGAACUGGCUGCCAGAUCUACACAGCUGGUCGCGGUGGGCGUGAACUGCUCUGCCCCCAGUUUGGUGACGCCUCUUCUAGAAUCAGCAAAGUCCCAAAAGGCACCAAACAUGAGCUGGGUGGUUUAUCCCAACAGCGGAGAAGAGUGGGAUCCCAAAAAAGGAUGGAAAUCGAAGCGGAUGUCAUUUACGGAGCUGAGUGCUGAGUGGAAGGAGCAGGGGGCGUUAUGGAUCGGAGGCUGCUGCCGGACCGGACCUGCUGACAUAACUGAACUGAGGAAUCGAUUAAUCUAGGCCAGAACAUUGAAUGUAAAACUGGCCAAAAUUACAGCCGAUUUCACUCUGACUGCCAAUCAAAUAGUGCUGUAGUACCUGAAUCUGGUCUUGGUCUCAACCUUAAUGGACUCAUAAAUUACUGUUGAGAUCAGAGGAGUCCAGUCCCUCUGUCUGACAGUAAUAAUUAGAAACUGAACUUUUGUUUAGUAUUUCAAUUAAUGAUAUAUAUUAAUAAUAAAUUAUUAUAUAAAAUGUGAUCUUCAUAAAAUAUUUCAUAAUGUAUAAUUAAUUACAAAGCUUUUAUUUUUGUUUUUAAUUGUUUUCUUCUUUUCUAGUUUUGGUCUUGUAUUAUGUAUUUGGUUUAA